AAAGAGGCCACUGCCAUUACGGAAUAGCAUUGCCAUGAAGGGGUGUACUUGGUCUGCAACAAUGUUUAGGUAGGUGGUAUGCGUCAAACUAACAUCCAUGUGAAUGCCAUGACCCAAGGUUUCCCAGCAGAACACUGCCCAGAGCAUCACACUGCCUCUGCCGGCUUGCCUUCUUCCCUUAGUGCAUCCUGUACCAUCUCUUCCCCAGGAUAUUCUGAAGCACUUCACGGUUCUGCAAUCAAUCCUACUCAAACUGUGGUGUGACCUGGAGCAGACCUUCAAGCAAGACAUCUUUCAAAAAAAAAAGAUUUUGAAGAGGUAAAUGGACCGAAAUACCAUAGAGUGCAGGAUUGUUCAGCAGUGUUUGAGUGGAGCUGUGCUUUAAAAAUGCAUGUAUUAAAUGAAUUACCUAAGUGUAUAGAUGAGUGCAAAGGUUUGCAUACUUUUAGGAUAAAAUGAAGACAAAAAUGGUUUAUCAAGUGUAAGUUCGGUCAAAUUGUGAUUCAUGCUUUUUGAAUGUGAUGUUAUAAAUCAUUUCUAAUAAUUGUAUAUCUGUUGGAAGUCCCUUCAACCUCUUGUAUCCUCUGAACUAAUUUUGGAUCCUCACCCUUUCUCCAUGAAAUGCAAAACAAAAUGCAAAUCAGGUCUGAAGAUUGAGGAAAAAAUGGGGAAAAAAUAAUUUCAUUCAUCCUGUUAUGUUUAUUUUGUUGAUUUUUUUAUUUUGAAUUGUUGUCUUUUUGCAGAAUACACUCACAUUUCAUGUUCUCCUUGUGACAAUAGGAACAAUUGUACUAUGUUUGUUGUAGUGGGGGACCAAAAGAGGGAAGCACGCUCGGGGUAAACGCAUGUGAAAAUGUUUGUAGGGGCUCUCAAGUUUAUUAAAAAGAAAGUCAAGUUAGUUUCAGAUGUCUAAUGGAAAGGCACCUAAAACACUCCUUACGUGAUAAAGUAAGAUAAGAUAGAGUAAGAGUACAUUUUCCUCUUUUCAGCAUGAAAACAUUCAGGAUGCAAACUCUUACACUGUAUGUUAAUAUUGUACAGUAGAGGGCAGUGUGGGGACACAACUGUCUCGACAAAAUCUGACGAAGACGAGAAGCAACGCUUUGAAAACACCUGAAAAGAGUUGUUUACAAAAAUUGAGCAUACAUCACGAAUGGUGAAUAGAGUGCCGCAGGGAUGACGUAUUUUUGUAGGCAAACCCGGAAGUUAGCAUCACCCUGGUUCUCUCGACAAAAAGCCAAUGGGAUUUUCCCAUGGGCUUUUGGAUUAUUGCAGAAAAUAAGCUCUGUGACCAACAAAAGUUUAUGAUUCUUACGCGUUUUGUUCAUCAAGACAAUCUUCACAAAUGAGCACAACUUUUAUGAAUUUUGAAGCCUAAAUACAAUUAACAGAAGUAAAAAGCUAAAGUUACGCUAUAAACGAACUGCACAAUGGUCGCAUGACUUCAACGUCACCACCACUAAGCUUCCGACAACUAUUUCAAUCUUUAUUUUAAAAACAUGUUCCUUGAUAAGGAUCCACUGGGCUCUUUUUGUGGCUGAAUCUGUCAUCACCUUUUUUGGGAAUUCCGUUUGUUUAUACAUCUAGUAGAUGAGAUUUCCAGUUCGGCGUGAUGACGUUUAAUGUCCCCGACAACCUCUGUAGUCCCAUUUAGCCGAGUGUUAGCAACCGCUUUUUAAGACACGUAAAAGCUUUAAAAAAAAAUCACGAGUGGAGUAUUAAUGAGGUAUUUUUUUAUGUCGUAGAAUAAAACGUGAAAAUAUUAUGAGCUUGUGUUAACCACAGACCUUAUUUCAGAUAUUUAACCAAAAACCCAUUCAAAAAAACCAUUGAUGUCGGGACGAUGGAACCGGAAGUGCAAACAUGCUAACUAAUUUCCGUGUUUUAGGACUCAUUCCUGCGGCACUCUGUAGAUAUGGAUUAACUUGGAGGUAUAAGAAGGCAGAAUUUGCUGUAGUUGAUAUGUGCUAAAGUGCAGUUAGAAUGAGUGUGUUAGUGCAGCGCUUUGGUGGCCGCUCCCGCCUGCUGGUCCAGGCUUUACUCACAGGAGGAGUAAACAGUGCUCAAAAAGUGUUCCUCAGACAGCGAGCCGCUGACUCUCACUCCCCCUUACCUGCUUUUCUGGACGCGUUGUGCCAGGAUGAAGCGUGCUUAGAUGAACACACUCAUGCACUCACUACUAAGCCACUGGUCUGCCUGUUUUCUGCUGCGUUUAAGCGUGACCUGCUGUGUUUUCUGCAUCUACUCCACCCCGGCUUACCACGAGAGAGUGUACUGGCUCUGCUCCGCUGCCUGUCACAGGACGCUGAUGAAAAUCCAUGGAUUUGCGCCUUAAUCAGUCAGCUUCAUAAAGACGUUGGGGUUGAGGAGUUUAGAAAAGACACACUCGUCACACCAGAAUGUGUACUGAGCCUGAAAGAUCUCUGUUAUCGGUUCAAAGAUUCUCAGGAAAAAGGAGGGUGGGAUCGCUGUCUGAAUCAACAUAAGACUGAUGAACUGUCUACAGAUUAUCAGACAGAUGCAGGUCACAAGAAGAGGAAGAGUGAGAUCACAGAUCUUCAUAUGGAUGCAGAGCUGGAUGAACCACAGAGCAAAAGGAGAAAAACUGACCUUGCAGCUCAAGGUGACCCUGAAGACGGACAGGUGGCCGUGGGUCAGGAGGAAUCGGAUGUAAAAACAAUGCAGCUUGAUAAAGAGCUGGAAGGAGAUUCUUCAGCAACACCACCAGAAGAAGACUGCUCAAGUAUCUUACCAGAUCAUAUAAAGGCAGCUGUUCCUUUGAUAAAAGAAUUAUUGGACUCUGGAACAGAGUGGGAUGAGAACUGUGUGCCUACACUUAAAGUGCUGAAUGAAUGUGAUGCAAAUCAGCUGGAGGUGUUUUGUGCGAUGCUGUGUUUGCCUGAAGCACCUGAGCAGAGUUUACCACAUUUCUGUAGCAGCGUGCUGGCUCUGUCUCCAGAUCUCAGCCACAGCACAGCCUCAGUUAUCAUCAAGAACCUUUUUCUCGGCAAGGUUCGUUCCCUCACUGAGCCACCGUCCCGCUGUCUGGUCACUGCCGUAACGUCCCUGUGCACUCGUUACCCGAGGCCCACCUGUCAGGCUCUUAUAGAACCGCUCAUAAAGGAAGGACAAACAGGCAGUGCCCAGGCUGAACUGCUCUGUCGGCUGGUAAAAGACUGCCUUGAACCCCAUCACAGGCUUCUUGUAUUUCAGAUGACACUCGUUGGUUCCUGGAAUGAGGGUGUGUUGUCAGUCAUCCAUGACUUGCUGGAUUUAAAGAUUGAACUGAGUGAAGAGAUUUUUUCUCUAUUCACCAAUCAGCUGAGCAGUCAGUAUCCACACUUCACCAAGUCUAUGAAGUUCGCCAAAAUGAUGCUCACUGUCCUGACGAAGUUCCAGUCUCAUGUGAAUGCUGUGUGUCAGCACACACUGUCCUGCUGUAUUUCAUUUAAUGAGACAUUCCUGAAGAAGUCCCUCCAAGCUGCUUUAAAACGCAUUUGUCAUUAAUGAACAGUAUAUUAUAUAGUUUUGUUAAAAAUAAAGGGAUUUUAUAUCUAUUUGUAAUAAUUUAAAUAUAUAAACAUUUAGCCAUACUUCAUAAAAGCACUGAGAUGUGUAUCUUUAUCUAUUUCUAAACUUCAGUUUCUCUCUAAUGAGUUUAAUAUAUUACAAUGUUUAUCAAAUUCUGAAUUUUAUCAAUGAUAUAGUAACUGUGAUCAAUUUGUACAUUAUAAAAAUGUCUCUUUGUAAAACAACUGUACUGUAUAUAUUUUUAUUAAAAGAAUCAAAGAACAUUUAAAAAAAUACUUGUAUAUGGGACAUUUAUUUAAAAAAAAAAAAAAAAAACAGAAAGGUUCUAAUGCAAAAGUGUAACUAACUUAACAGGGAAUGGAAGGACUGAGGAAUGAGCAGUGGGGAUCCCCAGCAGAAUUAAUGCAGACCACAUGCUUGCUAAGUAUGAGAAAGGACAGGUAUUAUCAGAUGUUUGUAGAGACCUCUUUCUGUAUAUAUCUGACUUCACAGCUAUAUUAUGGUGAAAGAUAUUUAUAGUAUGUGAAUCUGUAUAAAGGCAGCAUGAGAACCAUUCAGUGGAGAUGACCCUGUGUUCAUGGAUUUCAGCUGUUUUGGAAAGUUAUUUUUGUGUUUAUAUGCUUGGCCAAUACAAUAUACCCCACAAGACUGUCUAGUCUGGGGGCGUUGGGCAAAGUAUGCAUGCAGUUUGAAGUAUUUGUAGGAGUUUAGUUAGUUUAGUAUUAGAUCAAGUGGUCAAGAGAACACAGACUCCUUUUGGAUAAGGUGAAAAAGGUUAGUAAUAUGCAAACUGUUUAAAGAUGAGACAUUGAUUCUAC